AAGAGUUUAGCGACGUCUUUGGGAGACAACAGUUCGCCAUGAGUGUGUCAAGGGCAUUCAAAGUGCUCAUCUCACAUCCCACGGUGCCGGCUCCGGCUUUGGAGCUACUCCGUUCCCGCGGUGCCGACACAAUCAUCUGCCAGAGUGUGCCACCAUGCAGGGAGGAGAUUCUACAAAAGGUGCCCGGUGUGGAUGCCAUUUACUGGGCGCAUUAUCAGCCCCUCAAUGCUGGAAUUCUGGAUGCAGCCGGCUCCCAACUGCGGGCUGUCAGCACCAUGUCCUCAGGCAUUGAUUUUGUGGAUAUCGCAGAGUUCAAGCGUCGUCAAAUUCCAUUGGGACACACUCCGGGAGUCGUUAAAAAUUCUGUUGCGGAUCUGGCAAUUGGAUUAAUGAUUGCAGCGGGUCGCAAUUUUCAUGCCGGCCGCUGUGAAAUUGAGACCUCAAGUUGGGUCACUGAGCGCAUAGAUUGGCAAAUGGGGCACGAAAUACGUGACUCGAUUGUUGGAUUCUUUGGUUUUGGAGGCAUAAGUCAAGCAAUAGCCAAGCGUCUGCAGAGUUGGGAUGUGGCCAAGAUACUCUACACAACGCGCACACGCAAAGAGAAUGAUGUGGACUUCAAGGCCGAGCAUGUGUCCUUCGAGCGUUUGUUGCAAGAGAGCGAUUUCCUUGUGGUUGCAGCUCCACUUACCGAUCAGACGCGCGGCAAGUUCAAUGCCAAGGCAUUUGAGCUGAUGAAACACAGCGCGAUAUUUGUCAAUGUCGCCAGGGGCGGACUUGUGGAACAAAAAGAUUUAUGUGAGGCUUUGAGAACGGGACAAAUUUUUGCAGCUGGUUUGGAUGUCACCACGCCGGAGCCUUUGCCCGCCGAUGAUCCUCUUCUGAAAUUGCCAAAUUGUGUUGUAUUGCCCCAUAUGGGCACUCAGACCUGGAAGACAACCAUCGAAAUGAGUCUCCUGGCGGCUAACAAUAUCAUCAAUGCCAUAGAAGGAAAGCCCAUGAUUAGGCCCGCAUAUUGAAAGAUUGAAA